AUGGAAGAAAUGGAAGCAGCUAUGGUCCACAUUAUAUAUAUAGGCUCACUUCCGAAGGGAGAAUACUCACCAUCAUCCCACGACUUUAAUAUGCUACAAGAAGUUGUUGAGAGCAGUAAGAAGGGAAAAACCGCUGAGAGCGAUGUUAUAGUUGGUGUUAUUGACACUGGAAUCUGGCCUGAAUCAGAGAGUUUUAAUGAUGAAGGUUUUGGCCCUGCUCCAAAGAAGUGGAAGGGUGCUUGUGAAGGAGGCGGAAAUUUUACUUGCAAUAACAAAAUUGUUGGAGCUAGUUAUUAUACCGUGACAGGGGAAUUCUGUCAACUCUUUCACAUUGAAUGGAACAAUGUUUCCACUGGCAUAUGGAAAAGAUGUUUCGCAUCAAUGCUCCGAAAGUCAUGUGUUGAAGGUUGUAUAGAUGAAAACUUGGUGAAGGGAAAGAUAGUGCUAUGUAGUCAGUUUGGCGGAGUUGCUGAGGCUCAUAAAGCUGGUGCUUUGGGUGCAGUUGUGCAAAAUACCCUAGUAGAUGAUGUUUCAUUUAUUGUCCCUAUACCUGCAUCAGCCAUUACAAUCUUGGACAUGUUGAUGUUGGACUAUGUGAAUUUCGCAAAAAAUCCUACAGUGAACAUACUCGAAAGUAGAGUCAUCCGAGAUUUUACUGCUCCUGUUGUUGCUUCCUUCCAAAUCCACUUCUCCCAGAGAUCAUGA